GUGGUUUUCUAAUUUUCGGAUCCAAAGUCUUGUUGUUUCAGAAUUCCAGGUAAACACAGUCGAGGAAGCGAAGCAGGUUAUACAGAUUCCGGCGACACUUUCCGAUCAGAUCUGCUCGUCUUCUCCUCUCUCGGCUGCUCGGAACCUACCGAAGGUGCGACUUCCUAUUAUCUAUCAACGAAGAACACAUGUAUUAAUCAUAUAUUCACAUGCUCUCUUGUUGCUGCUCCUGCUCGUGGAUCGUUAAUUUUCCGAUGAUUUGAAUCCCUGACGAGUUCGCAAAUAGAACCGAGUUCGGAUUUAUGAUAUAGAUGAUUAGUUCCUGUCCUGGAUCUCAUCCCGGUCCACUUUGAUUUUGGAUCUGUAGGACUGGGAGUUUGAUGGAGGGCGUUGGAGGCAGUGCUGCUGCCGCCGUGAACCAGCAGCGGCAUGAAUUUUCGAAGAUUUUUCAGUAUUAUUUGGACAAGAGCACGCCGCAUGCCAUGUAUAGAUGGAUUGGGACUUUUGCUCUAGCAUCUCUCUACGCUUUGAGGGCGUAUUAUGUCCAAGGGUUCUACAUUGUGAGCUAUGGUUUGGGAAUCUACCUUUUGAAUUUGCUGAUUGGUUUUCUGUCACCUCUCGUUGAUCCAGAGCUCGACCCUUCGGAUGGUCCUAUGCUCCCCACUAAAGGUUCAGAUGAGUUCAAACCUUUCAUUCGCCGCCUCCCGGAAUUCAAGUUCUGGUAUGCAAUCACAAAGGCUUUCUGCAUUGCCUUUGUCAUGACUUUCUUCUCCAUAUUUGAUGUUCCUGUGUUCUGGCCUAUAUUGUUGAUCUACUGGAUUGUCCUCUUUGUCCUCACUAUGAAGCGCCAAAUUUCCCACAUGCUCAAGCAUAGAUAUAUCCCAUUCAACAUCGGAAAGCAGAAGUACAGUGGGAAGAGAGGAAUAACAAGUGGGAGAAGUCCGAGAGGGGACUAAAUUUUGUGCAUGUUUGUGCUAUAGAGUAGAAGUUGCUGGAAUUUGUGUACUUACAAGUGUAAUAUGGUACCAGUAGUAUAUUACUCCCCAAAAGAAUGCAAUUUCAUUUCUGCAUUAUUGUUGACAGUGAAUUGGUUAUACUUAAGAUGCCCAUUUAUAUAUGUUUGCCCAUAAUUUGUUGCAUUUGUAUUUUGUAGUCUAUUGAUUCCAUGUGAUUAUUAUAGUGCCUUUGACAGUCUGCACUUCAGUUUUGGCCUUUAUUUCCACUAAGGUUAAUGAAAAAGGAUGAGCCCC